AUGGUAAUGCUGCCAUUUGUCCUCGUCCCCGUCUGCUGCUGGCUUGCUGCGCCUGCCCUCGCCGUUCCGACGGUGGGCGCAGUGGGCUCGCCGCAGGUGAGAACUGACUCGUACUUCACGGCUUUGAGGCCCCUCUCUUACUCUUUAGUCGAGCAUGUCCCCUCUGUCGACCCGGUAUAUCCUAUUCACAGAGCGUCCAAGGCCGCAGGCGAGGGACUGUGGCGCCAACAGUGGUUGUCUGUUGCCGAAAUGGCAGGAGGCUCUAUCCGUGAUGUGGUCUUACUGGCGGAUCUCGCCGAUCCCAUCCCGUCAAUCCUCGUGCUUAACAUGGCCGAGCCCUCGACCGGAGAGAUGCUCAACAUAUUUCACUCGCCGCAGGGGUGA